UCAGCACUGACCAUGCUAACUAGUAAGCGCUACACAGGAUACCUUCUUCGACACUGUCAAUCCUUGACAUCGUGACUCCAAUCAGCCGCAUGAUCAUGCACAUGCUUAAGCUAUUAUUCCCAUGAUUAUUUUCGCAAUCUUUGUCACCGCUAUCGCUGUCCAACAGUCAAUAUCUCCCCGACUGAGAUACCAGGGGCCUAUAUAAAGCAUAAUUUUAAAUUUCUCUUCUCCAGACAAGGAGAAAGCCUCUGAGGGUGAUAUUGGUUCGGCGGAGCGCGCAAGUAGCAUUAAUGACAGCUAUACACCACCACCAGACUUCAGACUUCACCGAGAGCUUAAAAAUCGACAUGUUGCAAUGAUAAGCAUUGGCGGCGUGAUUGGCACAGGACUGUUCCUCGGGACUGCAUCAGCACUCAUGAAUGGCGGUCCUCUGGGCCUUUUAUUAGGCUACAUAUUCAUUGGGUCUAUAUGUUACUGUGUGAUGGUCACAAUCGGAGAGAUGAUCUCCUACCUCCCAGUUGCCGGCGGCCAUAUCAAACUCGCCGAGCGCUUCGUUGAUCCGGCAUUCUCAUUUGCGUUGGGAUGGAAUCUAUGGUACAAUUGGACGGUGACAUUACCAGCCGAGUUGUCCGCGGCCGCUACCAUCAUCAAUUUCUGGCAUCCUGGUGUAAACAACGCGGUAUGGAUAACAAUGUGUCUCGUUGUUGCCAUCGGGAUUAACAUGAGUGGCGUUGGUGUGUAUGGUGAAACCGAAUUCAUGUUCGCCUCCAUCAAGGUUGUCACGAUUGUCGGUCUCAUCAUCUUGGGGAUUGUCCUUGACCUUGGUGGUGGCCCGAACCAUGAUCGUAUUGGAUUUCGCUACUGGAAGGACCCUGGCCCGUUUGUCCAAUUUUAUGGCAUAAGUGGCAUGACAGGCCGUUUUCUAGGCUGGUCUCGUGUAGUAACACAAGCUGCAUUCGCAUAUGCUGGGUCAGAAGUUGUGGCUAUGGCGGCUGCAGAAGCCAAGAACCCGCGUAGGAAUCUCCCCAAAGCCAUUCGUCGUGUUUACAUACGGCUCCUGCUAUUUUAUAUUGGCGGCGUCUUCGUUAUCGGUCUACUGGUACCUUCGAACAACCCCUUACUGAACGUAAAUUCUGAUAAUGCCUCUGCGUCUCCGUUUGUAAUUGCAAUUAACCAAGCUGGCAUCAAAGGAUUGCCCGCGGUGAUUAACGCCGCCUUACUGACAUCAGCCUGGUCCGCGGCUUCCAGUGACCUUUACAUUGCUUCCAGAGGCCUAUAUGGCCUCGCCGCCUCUGGUAAUGCCCCAAAAGUAUUCCUACGUACCUCGCGGUCCGGACUUCCCUAUGUCGCAGUAGCCACGUGUGCUUCUUUCUCCCUCCUCGCCUACAUGGCUGUCAGCACGAGCUCCGGAAUGGUCUUCACGUGGUUCUCUAGCAUGUGUGCCACUGCGGGCCUCACAACCUGGUUCGGCAUCGGUGUCAUAUAUCUGCGCUUCCGCAAAGGCUUCCUCACACAGGGACACAAGAUCAUCGAGCUCCCGUACUCCUCUCGGCUUCAGCCCUUCGCCGCCUGGUGGGCCGUCUGUGCAUCGCUUGUGACGCUGUUGUUCAGUGCAUGGGAAGUCUUCCUGAGAGAUAACUGGUCAACAGCAACGUUCAUGACCAAUUAUCUGCCCGUGAUGCUUUUCCCUGUUUUAUAUACCAUCGCCAAAAUCUGGAAGCGAGCCCCUCUAGUCAAACCAGACGAGAUGGACUUCCAUUCUGGCAUUGCGGAAAUCGAGGCAAUGACGUAUGCAGACGUGCGCCCAAGGAAUAUCGUAGAGGCAUUUUGGAUGUGGCUUAUGUAAUGAUUGCGUUCCUCGUUGACCGAUGUUGUAUUAAAAGCGAGCUUUUCCUAUGUCAUAAGCGCCUGCUUGUCAGCAUUUUGAUGGGGUCGUCAUUCCUUUGUCCCCAGUAGCUAAGACCCUUGUUGUGGCUACAGCAAUGUCUGCCCAUUGUCACUUGUUGCAGUAUGACUCUCAUUAGCACGAGAACUCGGCACGUGGAGACUGUCCGACAUUUCGCCACUCCAAGUGACUUACUAGGUCAGACAGCGUGGCCCAUGUCUCUUCGACUCACCUACAGGGCGGUUUCAUAAAACAUAUAAUCUCAUUACGGACAUACCCGCAGGUGCCCCAACACUUGUGGUACACGUUGUUUCGGGAACAUCCAC